GUGAAUAGUGAAUAACACUACUUCAGUUGCGAUGGCAAAAGCAGAGUAUUCAGAAACCGCAGAACCGAACCAGAUCGGACCUGAUUCGGAGUCGGAUUCGGAUCCGGAUGAUCAGCUACCCAGUGUGGACGCGGGAACGGGUUACGGUUCCGUCCGUCGGACUCAGGUGAUCCACAGCGGACACUUCAUGGUUUCUUCACCGCACAGCGACUCAGUCCGGAGGAGAAGCGCAGCUCUUUAUAAUUAUUAUGAUAAUUAUGAUUUCGACACUGCUAAUAAGCCGGCCUGCCAGACCUACAGCUUCGGUCCGUUGAGCUCCAGACGGUUGAGCAUUGACCCGACUCUCACCCGCCUGUUUGAGUGCAUGACUCUAGCGUACAGUGGGAAAAUUGUGUCUCCUAAGUGGAAAUCUUUCAAAGGUUUGAGGUUGCUGUGGAGGGAUAAAAUCCGUCUGAAUAAUGGCAUUUGGAGGGCCUGGUUCAUUCAGUAUGUGGAGAAAAGGAAAAACCCUGUGUGUGGGUUCAUCACGCCGCUGGAGGGAUCGGAGGCAGAUGCACACGGUAAACCUGAAGCGAUUGUUCUGGAGGGAAGCUACUGGAAGAGACGGAUUGAGGUGGUGAUAAAAGAGUAUCACAAAUGGAGGAUUUACUAUAAGAAAAGACUCCAGAAGAACAAAGAUCUGCUGUCCAUGCUGCAGAAGAGUCCCAUCAGUCGGACGGGUUUGGAGAAAUGGAGCAGUCAGAUCUAUUCAGAGCCUGAAGCGGCAUCAGAAGAAGUCCACAUGUUUGACUUGGACUGCUUCCUGUCCGACAUCUCAGACACGCUGUUUACCAUGACCCAGAAACCCAGUGCCUGGAGUGCAGACCGCCAGAACACAUACACCAGUAAUGCAGAUAUGAUCCAGCCUGGUUUGACUCCACUGCAGCCCAGCCUUGAUGACCUGAUGGACAUACCAGACAUCUUCAUGAGUUUCCGUGGGCAGCCGACAGAGCCUGUGGGUUUCUCAGACUGCAGCUUCUUCGAGAGUUCAUCCAGUGGUGUGUUUUCUUCAAAUCCUUCAUCUGUGGUCAGCACUCAGAUGAUACACACUGGAUCUAUGCUAACACAGCCUCCUCUCUCAGCUGAAAGUUUACCCCAGCCUUCCUCCUCUGUAAACCUCCCCGUACCCCCUUACCCACGCCACACCAUAAACCCUGACAUGACCUUCAACCCCAACGCCGAAACCUCCGAUCCCAAGUUCAAAGGUCACACAGAAUACAUGAGUGAUUUCCAGCACCCUCUGCACCUCUCAUCCGGCAUGUCUUCAUAUGGCCAGCAGGGGGCGUUCAGCAACACAGAGAUGGCUCAGGAAAACCCUUACCCAGCAGCCUGCCUCAGACCAAGACACAGAUAUUCCUCUGGCCAAUCACGGACCUGCACGGCUGCCACUUCCACAGUCAUCACCCACACCGGCUCUUCCAUGACCGUCCCACCAGCAGAUGCUCAGCACGGGCACAGAUACUCCAGCGUUGGUGAAAUAUUUCCUCCGUCCUCCUGCAUGUCUGUGAACUACCAGCAAAUGCCCGCCGCUGGACUCCAUCACUGCUUCUCUGUGCCGCAGCAGGUGGGCGGAGCUACAGGCAGAGGGAAGCACAAACAAAAGACAGGAGGAGCCCAAUUGGUUCCCAGGGUGAUGACGUCACCAGUAACCCCGCCCACUCAUACCAGCUGCCUGGCCAAUCUGCUCUCGUCCAGACCUCAAGAGCGAAAACCAUCAUUGAGUUUUGAUGCUCCUGCAACCGUGUCAAAGGGACAAAGAUCCACAUCACCCAUCUCUCCGCAGCCAAAGAGCAGCAGUCGGGAAGGAUCACAGAUUUCCCACAGCCUCCCUUGGGUCUCUGGUAUAAUCCCACCGCUGUCCCCGUUACACUGUCAGACACCACUGUCAGGCCACGGUCACAGUGUUUCCUCGCAGAGCAGCACCAUCUCCUCUUUAUUAUCACAACAAUCAGCGCUUCUCGUGCCCAAAACUGAGAAACUCUCCCCAGUGCAAAUGCACACCAGCGACAGGAGCAGCUUAACAGUUAGUUUUCCAGGAAGCAUGGGUCAGACAUCACCUACCAGUGCAGCAGAGAAAAGCGAGUCAAAGUUGGAGUCCUCAAGAACAGACACGCGACGGAUCACACACAUUUCUGCCGAACAGAAGAGACGGUUCAACAUCAAACUGGGCUUUGAUACGUUACACAGUCUGGUGACGACUCUCAGCUCACAACCCAGUAUAAAGAUCAGUAAAGCCACGACUCUGCAGAAAACGGCGGAGUACAUCAGUAAAAUGCAGCAGGAGAGAGCGCAGCUUCAUGAGGAGGCGCAGAGACUGAGAGACCAGAUCCUGGCGCUCAACUCCGCCAUCAAUUUGUGUCAGCAGCAGCUCCCCGCUACAGGCGUUCCAAUAACGCGGCAGAGGUUUGACCACAUGAGGGAGAAGUUCAGAGAAUAUGUGAGAGCUCAAACGCUGCAGAACUGGAAGUUCUGGAUUUUCAGCAUCAUCAUCGAGCCGCUGUUCGAGUCAUUUAACAGUAUGGUUUCCACAGCCAGUGUUGAUGAUCUGUGUCGCAGCACGCUCUCCUGGCUGGACCAGCACUGCUCUCUGCCCACGCUCAGACCCACUGUUUUGAGUUCACUUCGUCUGCUCAGCACAUCCACAUCAAUCCUUUCGGACCCAAGUUUGGUUCCUGAACAAGCUGUCCAGGCCGUCACUCAUGGACAUUCAUCCCACAGCUACAGCCAAUGACAGCACACACUCUCAGAAUGACAGCCAAUCAAAAAACUUUGUCCUGUAGAUAUAGCCAAUGACAGCACACACUCUCAGAAUGACAGCCAAUCAAAAAACUUUGUCCUGUAGAUAUAGCCAAUGACAGCACACACUCUCAGAAUGACAGCCAAUCUAAAAACUUUGUCCUGUAGAUAUAGCCAAUGACAGCACACACUCUCAGAAUGACAGCCAAUCAUAACACUUCAUCUAGCUACAGCCAAUGACAGACACGCUCUCAGAUAGACAUCUAAUCAUAAAACUUCAUCCUACAUAGAAACCAAUGACGGCAGAUGCUCUAAGAAUGACAGCCAAUCAUAACACUUCAUUCUAAAGCUACAGCCAAUGACAGCACAUGCUCUCAGAAUGACAACUAAUCAUAAUAUUUCAACCUACAACUACAGCCAAUGACAAACAUGCUCUCAGAAAGACAGCCAAUCAUAAAACUUCACCCUCAACUACAACCAAUGACAGCAGACGCUCUAAGAAUGACGACCAAUCAUAACACUUCAUUCUAAAGCUACAGCCAAUGACAGCACAAGCUCUCAGAAUGACAACCAAUCAUAAAACUUUAUGCUACAGCCAACGAUAGACACAGUCUCAGAUUGACAGCCAAUCAUAACACUUCAUCCUGGAGAUACAGCCAAUGACAGCACACACUCUCAGAAUGACAGCCAAUCAUGAAACUUCAUCCUACAACUACAGCCAAUGACAGCAGACGCUCAGAAUGACAGCCAAUCAUAAAACGUUACCCUACAGAUACAGCCAAUGACAGCACACACUCUCAGAAUGACAGCCAAUCAUGAAACUCUACCCUGCAGAUACAGUUAAUGACAGUACACACUCUCAGAAUGACGGCCAAUCAUAACACUUUAUCCCAGAGCUACAGCCAAUGACAGCGCAUGUUCUCAAAAAAUGACGGCCAAUCAUAACACUUCAUCCUACCACUACAGCCAAUGAUAGCACACGCUCUCAGAAUGACAGCAGCUACAGCUAAUGACACCACAUGCUCUCAGACCGACAGCCAAUCCUAACACUUCAUCCUACAGAUACAGCCAAUGACAACACACGCACUCAGAAUGACAGCUAAUCAAAAAAUUUCAUCCCACAGCUACAGCCAAUGACAGCACACACUCAAAAUGACGGCCGAUCAUAACACUUCAUCUCACAGCUACAGCCAAUGACAGCACACGCUCUCAGUAUAAUGGCCAAUCAUUAUUAUUCGUCCUCCAGCUACAGCCAAUGGCAGCACAUGCUCACAAUACAAUGGCCAAUCAUAAUGUUCGUCCCACAGCUAUAGAGAUGACUUAGUAUAUUUGUGCUUUUAGCAGAAGCUUUAUUUCAAGAGUUCCCACUUAGAUAUGCUUGGGGUUUAAAGCAGGUUUGGGAUGCUGUCCUGGGAGAGAACCCUGAACUCGGAGAUAUUUGAUCCCAGGGCUCCCGCCCGGUCGAUAAGCAUAUCAGGAGAUCCGAGAUCAGGUAGGUCUCGAGAGCUCCCCCUUUAGAAAAGGGAGGAAAAGGAGGAGAUGGGGUGGAAGGGGGAUUAUUUCAAACGAAGAUAGAGCAGUAGGGAGAAAAUGAUCCAUUUAUAGUAAACUAGGAUCACUCUGAUUGGAUUAUUACUGAUUACAGAUGAGUGGCCAGUCGUACUCAAUCAUACCACGUGCUCCUCUCGAAAUUAGUUUAUGAAACUUCACUUAACGUUACGAAAGGAAUUCAUCAAGGAGAAAUAAUUGUAAUGUGUAAUGGCAAGCUUCCAGGACAGUUUCUCAUUACCGCAUGCAAUGACGAUCGUUCUGAGACUGGUUUAAUUUUCAUUAUUCAUCGGAAAUCAGAGAAGAUGAUCAAAAUCAAUGUAGAGAAAGAUGUCAAACUCUAAAUAGCACCACUCGAUAUUAGGGGUGUAACGGAUGGUUCAUACAGAUCAUAACCCACGGUCCAGAACACACGUGCCCUGCGGAUUAAUACUUUUUUUAUUUUUUUUUUUACUUAUAGAUUAAUCCUAAAUUUUUAACAAUCUCAGAGAGAUCACCUCUUGCGUCAUUCAAAUCACAUGUAUGAAAGCAUUUAGCUCACAUGUAAAAUAUAAUGAUGACAGAAGAAGUCAUGGUGGGUUAUUGCGGAUGUGGUGGGUUUCUUAGGUUAUUAAAGGUGUUUUCUGUCACUGCUUGUUUAGUCUGCAUUAAUGCAUUCAGUGUAAGCUGCACGAUUAAUCAUUAAAAGAUCUGGAUCUCAACACCCACGUAACAUAAAUGAUAAAUGAUGAUGAUUUGCACGUUUAUUAAUCCUUCCAAUCGCUGCAUUCAAAUCGGUGUUUGAAACAUGCAAAUAUCAAGAAAGAGAUUGAGUCUUUAGUCUUUUGAGUUAAUUAUGAAGUUACAAACAGACAAAUAACACACAAGUACUGGGAGAAGAGUUUAUAGUUUGGAUUAAAUCACUGAUGUUUAUGGUGAUUAAUAUCACCGUCAUAUGCAUUUAACUUGAUGCUCAACAAUGAAAGUUGUAGGCAGCAAUUACAUUAUUUAACCAAUAGGUGGCGACAACCAGCCAUCAAAAAUAUGCCGCUGAAUAAUUCUUCAAUAAUGAUCAUCUAGCAAUGAAACAUGAAGUUUUAUAAGUGAAUAACUGAAUCAUUUGUUGAAGAUGAGACUAAAAAUAAAUAUGGGUUAUACAAAUGAUAAUGUUAGAUUUGUAGAUUUAGUGUUAUCAGCAACAGUAGUAGAAGCGGUGAAUUAUUCACAGGACUGAAUAUUUUACUAUGUAUUUUUAUUCAGCUGAUUAUUUCUUCAUUUUAUUUUUAGUUUAACUCAGUUUUUUAUUGAAAUAUAUCAGUCAGAGAGCCACAGCAUCAGAUACAGUACAUAUAAUUAUUAGACAUCAACUGCUCCAAUGUGGAGUCAGAACGCAAUUUGCUCACAUUUUCUUUCUCUCUAAAUAUAUAUAUAUACAUAUAUACACAUACACACACACACAC